GUGUUCGUAUGAAAACAGCAUAGAUUUAUUUUUUGUUUAAAUGAUUUUGAUAUGACAAGCCAAGCAAGUCACCAACCACUCUUUUCAUUACAUUACUUCUUCAAAUUUCAUUCACAUUCCAAAGAUCCAAAAAUGGAAUCAGAUCUUGUCUCCGAGCAUCCUCCCUUCAUCAGGAUUUACAAAGACGGUCGCGUUGAGCGUCUCACCGGCACCGAAACCAUUCCAACAUCACUAGACAAAACAAACGACGUCGUUUCGAAAGACGUACAAUACUCACGGGAGCAUAACCUCUCCGUCCGUCUCUUCCUUCCUCACAAAGCCACCGCCGGUACCAACAGUAAGAAACUACCUCUUCUCAUCUACAUCCACGGCGGAGCUUGGAUCAUCGAGUCACCUUUCUCUCCCACCUACCACAACUACGUAGCCGACGUCGUCAAAUCUGCUAACUGCCUCGCCGUAUCGAUCCAGUACCGCCGCGCGCCGGAGCAUCCGGUUCCGGCGUCUUAUGAGGAUUCAUGGUCGGCGGUUGAGUGGAUUUUCUCACAUUCCGAUGGAUCUGGUCCUGAAGAUUGGAUCAACGAACACGCCGACUUCGGUAGAGUUUUCAUCGGCGGAGACAGCGCCGGCGCUAACAUGACUCAUCACAUGGCGAUGAGAGCCGGUAAGGAGAAGCUUGAUCCCAAGAUCAAAGGUAUUGCGGUUGUUCAUCCGGCUUUCUGGGGAACAGAUCCGGUCGACGAGCACGAUGUUCAAGACAGAGAGAUGAGAAGCGGAAUCGCUCAACUCUGGGAGAAGGUCGUGAGCCCUAACAGUGUUAAUGGAACGGAUGAUCCGUUGUUUAACGUGGUUGGAUCCGACUCGGAUCUUUCCGGGUUGGGAUGUGAGAUGGUUUUGGUUGCGGUGGCGGGGAAAGAUGUUUUUGUGCGGCAAGGUUUGGCGUACGCGGCGAAGCUGAAGAAGAGUGGGUGGAAAGGAGAUGUGGAGGUGGUUGAGGAAGAAGAGGAGGGACAUGUGUUUCAUCUCCAAAACCCUCAUUCUGAGAAUGCUUCCAAGUUCUUCGAGAGAUUUGUCAAGUUUAUAACCACUCCUUGAACAAUCUUCUUGAUGAUGAUGUUGAUUAAGUAUGGUAGUACGUAUAAUUUGGUCAUUAUGCUUGCAAGAAAUAAAAUUCAUUCACAUGAUCUGCUUUUAGCAACAAAAAAAAGAAAUAAAAUUCAUAGCUCCA